AUGAGUGGCCCAGGUGUCGGUUUUGAGUAUCCUGCCAAGGAGGCGACCUGGCUGAAGCGUGAUGCUCUCCUCUUCGCCAACAGCAUUGGUUGCACGCACGAGGAGCUUCACUUCCUCUACGAGCUGGACCCCGACUUUGCCGUCUUCCCUACCUACCCCAUCAUCCUACCCUUCAAGACCAACACCCAGGAGGUUGUUGAUUUCUACGCUGCCCAGAAGGCUGUCAAGAUUCCCGGUGUUCCGGACUUUGACUCGCGCAGAGUGGUGGACGGCCAGCGGCUGAUCCAGUUUCUCAAGCCUCUGCCCACCUCGUCAGAGGGCAAGAAGUUUGAGAUCCGCAACAAGGUGAUUGGCGUCUACGACAAGGGCCGCCCUGGCUCCGUUGUCGAGACGCAGACCGACCUGGUCGAGGUCAGUACCGGUGAGGUCUACUCGCGUGCCAUUGGCAGCGCCUUCUUUGUCGCGCAGGGCAACUGGGGUGGUCCCAAGGGCCCCGCCACGGAGAACUUCCCUCCACCAAAGGGCAAGACCCCCGACGUCACUUUUGAGGACCAGACGACGCAGGAGACUGCGCUGCUGUACCGACUAAAUGGUGACUACAACCCGCUGCACGCUCACCCAGAGCCCGGCAAGAAGAUGGGCUUUGGAGGUGCCAUCAUCCACGGUCUCUACUCCUUCAACUCCACUGCACACGGUCUGCUCAAGAGUCUGGGUGCCAGCGACCCCAAGAACAUCAAGGAGUUCCAGGCCCGCUUUGCCAGCCCAGUCAAGCCCGGCGACAAGCUGGUGACUCAAGUGUGGAAGACGGGCGAGAUCAAGGACGGAUGGGAGGAGAUCAGAUUCGUGACCAGCAUCGAGGGCGGAAAGGUGUGUCUGAGCAACGGCCGGGCUCUCAUGAAGGUUGUUGGUGCGACCAAGACCAAGCUGUAA